AUGAAUAACGAGUACGAUUAUCUAUUCAAGUUGUUGUUGAUUGGCGACUCCGGUGUCGGAAAAUCGUGUUUGUUAUUGCGUUUUGCUGACAACACCUACACGCAAGACUAUAUCUCCACCAUUGGCGUGGACUUCAAGAUCAGAACCAUUGAGCUCGACGGCAAGACUAUCAAGUUGCAGAUCUGGGACACAGCUGGCCAGGAGCGCUUUAGAACUAUCACCUCGUCAUACUACCGUGGCGCUCACGGCAUCAUCAUUGUGUACGAUGUCACUGACCAGGAAUCCUUCAAUAACGUGAAGCAGUGGUUGCAGGAGAUUGACCGUUACGCCACGGGCGGUGUCAUGAAGUUGUUGGUUGGUAACAAGGCUGACAUGAGCGACAAGAAGGUGGUGGAGUACACCGCUGCCAAGGAGUUUGCCGAGGCUUUGGACAUUCCUUUCUUGGAGACGUCGGCGUUGUCGUCGUCUAACGUUGAGCAAGCAUUUUAUACCAUGGCCAGACAGAUCAAGGCUCAGAUGACAAGCAAUGCUGGCGCUGGCAACAACGCUGCCAACAACAAUAAAUCUAACGUCAACUUGAGGGGCCAGUCGUUGACUAACAACCAGUCGAACCUGUGCUGCUAA